AUGAACAGGACAUUUGUACGUCAGCUCUCUCUGUCGAGCAUACUAUUUAGGCCAGGAUAUUCCACAGUAAAUCCAGUACAUCAUUUGGUCAAUGUCGAGAAAUCUAAAUUGAAACCAGGCUUGCAAAACUUGUUGUUGCCAGCCGACGAUAUCAGAUCAGUAAAGUUCAAACCUACGGAAAUAUGUCAGGAUAGGGUUGCCGAUUAUUAUAACAACACAAUUCAAUCUGAUUUACUUUUACAUUUUUAUGAUCACGAUGCUGAAGUUAUCGAGGGAAACAAGAGAAGAUCGUGGGGAACUGAUUCACCAUAUAAAGUUUAUCGUUCAUCAAGAAACCCACGUGGUGGUACAAGAUCAACCAAGAACAAGUACCCAAUAACCAGCAAAAAUGUGCCUGAAAUCAAAAGCGUGGUUGUGCAUUCAUAUAACAAAUAUGCUUUGGAGCAUCCAUGGCUAAACAUCUCCACCAGACUUCAAUUAUCUGUAAUCACCAACGUCAAAGCCAAACAAAUAUUCAACAAAUCAAACAUUUUGCCAUGGAAAGUGAGAGUAGGUAGACCAUGUGGUGGAAAAGUUGAGCUUUAUGAUAGAGAUAUGAAUCAAUUUAUCAGCACAUUGACUGAAUUGGUAUUACCAAGAAUCAGAGCUUUCAAAGGUAUAAGGUUUAGUUCUGGUGACAAAAAUGGGAAUAUCAGUUUUGGCCUUACUUCAGAAGAUGUUCAAUUGUUUCCGGAGUUGGAAAAUUUUCAAGAAUUGUUUCCAAAUUUAAAUGGUAUUCAUAUUACUUUCAAAACAACUGCACAAGAUGACUCGCAAGCAAAGACGCUAUUAAGUGCCUAUGGGUUUCCAUUUUCUAAGGAGUAA